AUGGGCCAGAAGUUGUCCAUCUCCGUACGGGAUUAUAUCCAUCCCUUGGAGUCUCCAAGAACUGAUAGACCUCCAACAUUUGAUCCUUUAGCCGGAUUCCCCAAAGGCCGAAAAGAACGAGAAAUGAAAGCGACUUGGGAAGAGAUGAAUCGAUGGGGACUAAGCCCUGGAGAGCGAGAUUAUUGUGCUCAUAUUCUUAUUGAUGUAUACAAAUGUAGAGUAAGUGCUUACUUUUUUUGUGUUUUUAGAGAGCAGUUUAGUUAAAGAAAAUAUGGGAAACACUUGGUUUAAUAAUAUCUUUCUAUGUUAUCUAUACGUCUUCAGCGUGAGUGGGCUCCAUUGGCGGCACAUCCCUGCUCCGAUAUAAAACACAAGUACGACCUCUGCGAAUACGACGAUUACAUCCUUAGAAUGAAAGAAUACGAGCGUGAGCGUCGUUUGUUGGCUCGCAAGCGAAGAAAGGAAAAGGCCGCUGCCGUUGAUCAGUAA